UAUAAAAGAGGACUCGACUAAUUUUUGGAAAUAGUGGUUUUCACAUUCUUGGCACAUCUCUCUUAACAAUGGGUAACCAACCAUCAGCGAUACAAUUUCAACCUGCAAUAGAUUCCCGCAACGAACAAUUGGAGGCAGCCAACCAUUCUAGAUACCUCGCGGCUGAGGAAGCAAAGUUUAUUCGUGAGAGCGAAGAAGAAGCAGAGUCGGCCCGUGCUAGCGGGCAUACGGCAGCUGCUGAAGAUCUGGAAAAACAGGCAGAUAUCCAUCGUGUCCGAAUGCAUGAACACAACCAAGCGGCUGCCAAGGCCGUCUUCUUCGCCAAUAACCCCUCUAGAGACAGUCAUGUAUUACUACUCCAUGGUUUAUCCACAAACGAAGCUAUACCCCUCGUCCGAAAUCACAUUGCUCGGCUAUACAACAUUGAUUCUAUAAAACAUAUCGUUAUCUUGACAGGACUUGAACGGAUAUCACAAGACAUUAUCCAAAGCUUCUGGCCGGCCGCAGAACGAGCUAUGCGGGAAUUCGAUGUCGAUAUACAAUGCAACAAGCCAAGUGACGGUGUUGUUUAUAUCAAAUUUGGAGACUCUACUGGAGGAGACCCGUCGGAUAGUCUUCUUGGCGAAGACUUUUUACAAACUGAUAUUCCUACGUAAGCAAAGUCCAUUGGAACAGGCAACAUCGUUCCUGAAUUCCAAGUCGGCUGAGGAGUUGGUGAACAAGUGGGGAGGCGUGGCUCUAGGAGCCGCCACUUUGAUAGGCUCGGCAGCUGCGGCGACCAUUAUAUACAACAGAAAACGGGCAGAACAGAAGCGUUCAUAAAUGAAAUAAAAAAGGCCAUCCCCCAAAUUGUUAUUACCAUGUAAUGAAGCCUAGAGUUAUGAAGUCAAGUUGUGCAUUUCUUUUCUUGUAGCUCU